AUGAUGCGGAAGCAACUCCCGCUUGGAACCGUUCACGAACAUCCUGCUGAGGAUCCAGCUUACGUCACUCCAGAAUUGCUCAGUCACGAAGACAAAAUAGUGGAUAUAAUUGCACAAACAGCAAUUAAAGCGGCGAUGAACACAAUAAUCGAGAACCAGCGAGUUCUCAAUCUGAUCAAGCCUCUGGUUGAGCACAAAUCGAAGAAGAAAAGACAGCUAGUUCAUCCUUCUGAGUUCGAAGCGAUGGACUUUUCAGAAAUCAAAAAGAAAAACGCUAGAAAAUUGGAUUUUGGCUUUCGAUGGAGCGAAGAUGACAUCAGCGAAACAGAGAGAACAAUUUCAGGGGGCAAUUUCGCUCCAAUAAAAAGUGAUGGAUAUGCUUCUUUAGCUCUGUUAAAGAAGGACUUCGAAACUGCUUCUGAACUUGAAAGUAACUGGGAGAAGGAAUCGAAAUGA